GCUGAGUUCAGGUUGUGAAGAGUACAAGAUUAAUGUGUCGUUUCUAGAAAAUAUCAUCUUUGACUUGCACAUACCUACGCCCGGAGCAAAGUAUCGGAAAAUAAGCUAUAUAUUGACACGUUGAACGAAGUUGUAAAAUCCGUUAAAGUUGCAUUUUGGAGCUCGCAAAGGACACAAAGCUGUAAUUCAAGAGGCCGGGGUCACAUGGUCAUCUGAAACCAGCACCAAAAGCAGUAACAUCUUGAAAAUGGACAGUGAUGAUGGUCUGGAUGGUCUGGACCUUUUGACGGAGCUGCUGGCUGAGAGCGAGGCAGUCGGAGAAGAACAGGGCAGUCAGCAGCAGGCAGAUGACUUGGACGACCUGUUUGACGGAGACGAUGAUGAAGAGGAAGAGUACAAAGAGGGCGCUGAGGAGGAAGGGCGAGGUGUGGAGACAGAGGAUGCAGUGUCAGAUCUCUUUGGCGAUGUGGAUGACAUUGAAAAUGAAGAGAAAGAUACUAAGAGAAAAGAAAGCGGUGGCGAAGCCUGUGAGAGCAUGGACACAUCUAAGGAGGAUUUACAAGACCAGCUGAGGCGCAUGCAGGAGCAGAUGCAGCGGUUGCAGCAGCAGCUGGAAGCAAGUCAGAAGUCUUCCACGACAUCUUCAACUCCAGUCAACACGGCAGGGAGCUCAGCUGGUGCCAAACCAGUGACCCCCAGACCAACACCCCCUCGACAGCCGACUCAGACCAAACCAGCCUCUACUACACAGAAGACCAAGACACAAGCAGCAGCAGCAUCUUCAUCCACUCCAGUCAGAGCAGGAGGUCUUAAGCUCCAGGAGUCCUCUGACUUUUUUGAUCAGCUGAACAAUGCUGACUCCUUCAAACGCAAACCCAGGGUAGCUCAUCAACCCAAAGCCAGCACAUCGCCAGAAGGAAGAGGGCCACUGGUGGAGAUAAAGAUUGGCAGCUCCUUCCAGCCAGUAGAGAGCACCAGCAAGGUUUACAAACCUCUGCGCUCACCUCCAGCCUCUCAGAGCAGACCUGCGCCAGCUGCACCUGCUGCACAGCCUAAACCCUCCUCUCUUCCUCCCCUUCCUAAAGAUGUAGGUGUUGAGAAAUACUCUGGACUGCGGCUCAGAAAACCACGCGUUUCCUCCAGCGAGAUGGACCGCAAGAUGGCCGACCGCCGCCUGAUCCGUCUGUCGCAGGUGCCGGAGCGCUUGGCUCGAGAGAAGCUGGAGGACAGCGACUGGGUGACCUUCGCUGUGCUGGUCAACAAGGCCACACCACAGAGCAGCAGCAGUGGCAAAACCUUCAGCAUCUGGAAACUGAAUGACCUCCAUAACCUGGAGGUGUUUGUGUCCCUGCUGCUGUUCGGUGAAGUCCACAAAGAGCACUGGAAGACGGAGCCGGGCACCGUCAUCGGACUCCUCAACCCAAAUCCCAUGAAGCAGAAAGACGGAUAUGACGGGGUGAGCCUGACGGUGGAUCACCCUCAGAAGGUGUUGCUGAUGGGUGAGGCUCAGGACUACGGCACCUGCAAGGCCAUGAAGAAGAACGGAGACCCCUGCUCUCAGAUCGUCAACAUGUAUGAGUGCCAAUACUGCCAGUAUCAUGUCAAAGCCCAGUAUAAGCAGAUGAGCUCGAAGAGGGCGGAGCUGCAGUCAGCGUUUUCUGGAAAAGCUCCUAACAAGGUGAAGGGAAAGGGAGGCAACCUCAGAGAGCGGCUGUGUCAGGACGGCUUCUACUACGGCGGCGUGUCUUCGUCUGCCUGCGCUGCGUCACUAACGGCGUCCAAACCGAACAAACCCGUCCAAAAGACUCUGGACAAGCUGUUUGUGAAAGGCUCGGCUCAACACAUCAAUCAGGCCAAGAGGCUGGCCAUGCAGUCCGGUGAAGUUUCAGGUUGUUCAAAUGACUUCAAGAACCUUCUGUCAGCACCAACACCCGGAGCUCUGCAGCUGAAGAAGCACUUGACGCAGGGCAGCCAAUCAGUCUCCAAAGGUGCAGCUCCAGUUCAGUCUAUCUCAGCCUCAGACCUGCUGAAGCAGCAGAAACAGAUCCAGCAGGAGUUUAUGCAGAACCGUCGGCGGAGGGCAGACGAGACCCAGAAGAGGGUGCUGCAGAGCUCAGCUGAACCCAGACCCGGGACUUCAUCCUCCACACUGAGCCGGAAUGGUCUUAUGUCACCGAAAGCUGCUUCCGAGGUCCCCAAGGCCACCCAGAGCCCAGCGGCUCCCCACACCCCCACCCUGGGCCGAGGCUUCUCUGAGGGGGAAGACAUCCUGUUCUUUGAGAACAGCCCUCCACCCGCGCCUGCCCCGAGCGCUCUCAGCCUAUCAGCCGCCAAGGUGGCUGCUCUGAAGAAGCUGAGAGCCAAAGGGGCGGGGCUUGAAAAGGAAGACCCCAAUGCUGUGAAGAGGAAGAGGAGUAACGACAGUGAGAUCAACGCACGAGUGGAGAAGAAUCUGACCUCACCAAAUGGUGAAUCAUCCAGUAACGACGAUGAGGAACCGGCCCAAAAGAAGAAGCGAGAGCAGCUCCUCUACAUCCAGUCAGAGGAGUUUCAAAAGAUCCUUAACGCCAAAUCUCGCCAUGGGGCUGCACUACAGGCGGCGGAGUACCAGCUGCAGGAGAAAUACUUUGACCCUCUGGUGAAGAAGGAGCAGAUGGAGGAGAAGAUGAGGGGCAUCAGAGAGAUGAAGUGUCGAGCUGUUACCUGUAAAAAGUGUAAUUACACCUACUUCAAGCCAGCGGAUCGCUGUGUGGAGGAGAAACACGAUCUGCGAUGGCACGAUGCCAUGAAACGAUUCUUCAAAUGUCCCUGUGGACAGAGAGCCAUCGCCCUAGACAGACUGCCGAACAAACACUGCACUAACUGUGGUCUGUUUAAAUGGGAGCGUGAUGGGAUGCUGAAGGAGAAAAAGGGACCAAAGAUCGCUGGAGAGCUUCUCCUCCCUCGAGGAGAGGAGCACGGCAAGUUCCUCAACAGCUUGAAGUGACGGCACUAGGAUUUGUGUUUGUAAUUUAAGUAUCUUAGAAUUUUUUACAUUUGUAUGAAUUAUGUUUUUAAAGUUUGAUGAUGUUGUCUGGAUAUAUUGCUAAUACGCAAAAUAUCCAGAAAUAAGAUGAUUAAAGCAAUAAUUUGCAACAUUUCAUGUUAAAUGUCUGUUUCUGAAAAGCCAAGCACAGAUUCUGUUGCAGAUCUGGAAAGUAUGAAAUGUGAUAUUUAACUUAUUCCAGCAACAUUUCUGCGUUUUGUAACUGGAUAGCACCAUUUGCUUUCCCGACAGUUGGCCCAAUAUUCCGCUUUCACAAGACACGUUGAGAUGGCACAGCAGGAAAAGUACAGGUGUAAAUGAUAAAAUCGGUGAUGGCUGAAUUACAUUUAGCUGCUACGGUUUUCAGGAUCCUUGUGUUGUGCAUGCUGGCUCACUGUCACAGCUAACUGGGACUCACAGAGCCAUCGUUAAUGUUAUUAGCGACAGCUGUGCUUUUCCUACUGCAGUGAGCCAAAAUGUCUGCAAAGGAGGCCUGUUCUUGAUACAAGCUUAAAUAUCAACCUAACUUCAUAUUUUUUUUCUUUUCAAACACUCAUGCCCUAAAUUCUAUGUGAAAUAAAUAAUGACUGGCAAUUCCUUAAAGGUAGGUAACUCUAUAUUUUAAAGAUACGUUGUUUGUCUUUGUUAUAUUAACCAAUCAAACUGCUGCAAAAUGUCAAAAGUAAACCUUACAGGAAAAAAAA